ACACUGCUCACAACGGGAGAGUUAAUGGUUUAUGCUACACCAGUGAUGGACUUCAUCUGCUGACCGUUGGCACAGACGACCGAAUGCGACUCUGGAACAGCUCCACCGGAGAAAACACACUGGUGAAUUAUGGAAAAGUCUGUAAUGCAAGUAGAAAAGGAAUCAAAUUCACCAUCUCUUGUGGCUGUAAUCCCGAGUUUGCCUUUGUGCCAUAUGGCAGUACCAUUGCUGUUUAUGCAGUUUUCACGGGAGAACUGGUAACUAUGCUCAGAGGGCAUUACAGUACCGUCGACUGCUGUGUAUUUCAACCUAAUUUUCAGGAACUUUACAGUGGUAGCAAAGAUUGCAAUAUCCUUGCAUGGAUACCGGCCCUUCGAGAGCCACUUCCUGAUGACACUUUUGAAAAGUCUCUGUCUCAACAGCAUUUAAAUCCAGUAUAUGAAGACGCAUGGAGCAGCAGUGAUGAUGAAGGCUGAAUUUCAGUUAUGUGCUGAUAUAAAAUUGACAUUCAUGCACUGUGUUCACAGACUUUAUCCACAGAAUUGGAUAUUGUUGGAUUUUUGGU